ACAAAGGACUUAGUGUGUACAGUUCGGGUGGCAAGUGUUGACGUGUGAUGCAAGAACCUAGUCACUUGGGAUGACGCACCAUGUCAUGGACAGACCUCCCCCUCCGCCUCGUGUCAUUGGAGGCCAGCCGGCUUAUACCGUCCAUCGGAUACUGGAUUCCCGCCGGGUGCAGCGGUCCUGGCAGUAUCUGGUGGACUGGGAAGGCUACGGUCCCGAGGAGCGCUCCUGGGGUCCUGCCAAAGACAUACUGGACCCUGACCUCAUUCGUCAGUUCAGGGCCCUCCACCCCGAGAGAGCUGGUAGGAACGUCAGGAGCCGUUCCUAGGGGGGGGAUUCUGUCAGGAUUUGGCCAGGGUUGUCCCGGCUUUUGGUCACUAGAUGCCCCCAUUGUGCUUUUUGACCUUUUGCUUUCCCUUGAUCCCCAUUAUUAUUUGCACCUGUGCCUCGUUUUCCCCUGAUUGUAUUUAAACCCUUAGUUUCCCUCAGUUCUUUGCUCUGUGUUUGUAUGUUAGCACCCAGCCCUAGUAUUCUGUGUACUCUUGUUGAUCCCGGUGGACGCUCUUGUGGAAUUCAGUUUUUUUGUUCUUGUUUAUUUAUUUUUGAGUAUCUUUUGAGGCUUUUUAUGCUUUACCUACCACCUUGUGGAUUUACCUUUUUGUCUUGGAGGAUUACCUUGUGGAUUACCUUGUUCUUGUGGAAUUCCUUUUGAGGUUGUGGAGUUACAUGUUUUCCUGAAGGACUUCACUUUUUACUUUAUUAAAUACACCGUCU